AUCACCGACCUGGACCUGGCGGCCAUGAACGCUUGUGGAGGGGAGUAUUGGCGGAUAUGUUGAGCGGUUGAAGCGGGGAGGCUUGGCAGCAUGGGCGGCUUGUGCAGCUGGACCGAUGGUUCAGGGCCCCCACCCGAUGCAGAAGCCACCACGCGCAUAUGCCCCUGAUGUCGUCCGAUUACACUCAAGCCGAUCGGGGGUACCCCUACCGCACCUUGGCACGCUCACAUGCCUGGAAAGCCUCCCAAAAAACAUGCCUAUGGAGAGAUGCGACGAACACUGGGCGUCAAAGAUCAGUGACCAUCUGCGGACUUUGAGGGACAUUGAUGGCCCCGCACAUAACGACGUGGUCUCGGACCAGCUUCUGAAUGCCACAUUCGACAAGAAGAAGCCCGACCUGAUCGAGAAGACGCGGAAAUCGGUUUCGAACAUGUACAAGGAUGGAAUCCUUACGGCUGAACAGGCUAAGGCAACCCUCCCGGGGCACGCUGAGCUGGCAGAGGGUAUACAGAUCGAUAUCCCAUCGCACUUCACGAAGUUGUUAGCGCAAUCAACGAGGCCCUUCAUAUACCGAAAUCAGAACCCAAUCAUUUCUCCUGUCCCGAUUUCUGUGCCGCAGACUUCGUUACACCUGCCGAGACAGAGAGCGAAGUCUCUGCAACUAGAUCGAGGCGGAAACGGCUCCCACGGUCCAGCAAUGACGCCGUCGCCACUACCAUCACGUCACCAGUGAACUCCGCGCGUUCGUUCCGGCCAGAGGGUCGGAGGAGGGUUUGCAGCGAAUGCGAGAUGGGUCAAUGUCAAAAGGUUCGCCCGUUCGAGUGCGGCCUGCAGGAGGACCCGCGCUCAGUUGACAUAGUGUCGGAAAGAGGCUCCCUGGUUAGGGGCUGCUAUGACCAGCACCAUGAACGACUUGAAA